UGGUACAAAAAAUGAGUAUCCCCAAAGAUAUCCUGAGAAAGAAUUUGGAGAUGGUGCAUGGCUAUCCCAUGAUCUAUGCUUUUGUGGACAACUGGGAAAGGAUUGAGCAGUUCCACAGCAGGCCAGAUGACAUUGUGAUAGCCACUUACCCCAAAUCAGGUACCACUUGGCUAAGUGAAAUUGUGGACAUGAUUUUAAAUGAUGGAGAUGUUGAAAAGUGUAAGAGAGAUUUUAUAACUGUGAAAGUCCCAAUGUUGGAAAUGGCUGUCCUUGGACUAAGAACUUCAGGUGUAGAACAAUUAGAGAAGAAUCCAUCACCCCGGCUUGUGAAGACACAUCUACCAAUUGAUCUUCUUCCUAAGUCUUUUUGGAAGAACAACUGCAAGAUGAUUUAUCUGGCUCGAAAUGCCAAGGAUGUCGCAGUCUCAUAUUACCACUUUGACUUAAUGAAUAAUUUGCAACCUCCUCCUGGCACCUGGGAAGAAUAUCUGGAGAGAUUCAUGGCUGGAAAUGUGGCCUAUGGUUCCUGGUUUAAUCAUGUUAAGAGCUGGUGGAAGAAAAAAGAAGAACACCCAAUACUUUUCUUGCUCUAUGAAGAUAUGAAAGAGAAUCCAAUGCAGGAAAUUAAGAAGGUUGCUAGAUUCCUAGAAAAAAACCUAAACGAUGAGAUCUUGAAUAAGAUCAUCCAUCACACCUCAUUUGGAAUGAUGAAGGACAACCCUCUGGUGAAUUACACACACCUACCAAGUACAGUGAUGGAUCACAGCAAAUCUCCUUUUAUGCGCAAAGGGAUUGUAGGUGACUGGAAGAAUUACUUCACAAUGGCCCAAAAUGAGAAAUUCGACGUUCUUUAUAAGAAGGAAAUGGCUGGAAGUGCCCUUCAGUUCCCCACAGAGUUUUGAAGAGCCUAAGCUGCAAAUCUGAAAGAACUGACCUGUAAUUUGUUGAAACAGGGGCAGUUAUGACUUGACUUGGGCAAUCAAAUGGGUUUUUAAAGGAACAAAUGUGCUUUUAAAACUUUGAUUUUUCAGUGUCAUUAAUCAAUUCCCAGUUUUGCUCCUUACUCAGGCUGCCAAAUUCUGUAAAGUUAGGACCAAUCAUUAGUUUUUUGUAGAAUAUUCUUGCCUUUUCCUAGGCUA